AUGAUGCGUCCUCGUCUCUCAAUAUGCAACGGCUGUCUAGCACGAAGCAGGUUCUACUCAACAACAAGCCCUCGAGCUGAACUAACGAAAAAUGCGGCUCUCCCACCGGAUUCCGGGUACGCUCAACUUACGAACCGAGGCCUCAUCUCCAUCACCGGUAUCGACAGCGCAACCUUUCUUCAGGGCCUGAUAACGCAGAAUAUGCUGGUUGCCAAUGACCCAAACAAGUCCAUUCGACACACAGGAACAUACACUGCCUUCCUCAACUCCCAGGGUCGCAUCCUGAACGAUGCGUUUAUUUACCCGCUCCCUAUUCCGAACAGCAACGAUCUCGAAUGGCUGGUGGAGGUGGACAAGAAUGAGGUAACGAGUUUAUACAAACAUUUGAAGAAACACAAGCUGCGCGCAAAGCUGAAGCUCCGCGCCCUCGAGGACGGAGAGCGCACCGUCUGGUCAUCUUGGAAGAACCACGAGCAGCCGCGCUGGGCCGCGUACAACCUGGAAUCGGAAUCGGCGACAUCGCCUCUCUCCCCCUCAUCCGGUAUCGUCGGGUGCAUCGAUACUCGCGCUCCUGGAUUCGGUUCUCGUCUUAUAACACCCGGCUCGGAGGACCUGCGUACUCAUUUCCCGGAUGAAACACAGCUUGCGGGAUCGGAGGUCGGGUUGGAUUCAUAUACGGUGCGGAGGAUUCUGAAUGGCGUUCCGGAAGGACAAUCGGAAAUAAUUCGCGAGUCGGCAUUGCCCAUGGAGUGCAACAUGGACAUGGCGCGUGCUAUUGAUUUUCGUAAAGGGUGCUAUGUUGGCCAGGAGCUGACGAUUCGCACGCACCAUACCGGCGUGGUACGAAAGCGCAUCCUUCCCGUGCAACUUUAUACUCAAGAUUUGAGCACCUCGGACAGCCCAGUAUAUGAACCUUCAGCUGAGAUUCCAUUACCGCCUUGUGGAACAAAUAUCAUGAAGGCCGGUGGUCGCCGAGGUCGGAGUGCUGGCAAGUUCCUGAAUGGUAUGGGCAAUAUUGGUCUUGCCUUGUGUCGUCUGGAAAUGAUGACUGAUGUUGCACUUACCGGCGAAGGAACGCAAUACACCCCUGGAAGUGAAUUCAAGGUUUCGUGGAUUACUGAGACAGACCAGCCCACGGAGGUGAAGCUCCAGGCUUUUGUUCCAUCUUGGACAAGAGAUCACAUUCAAAAUGGUGGUGUGCGGAAGCCGACUCCACGACCCGUGGAUGUCGACGGUGAGAGAGCACGAGAUUUCGUGGAGCAGCUAGAGGAGGAGGAGGAGCAAGCACACCGGCGAGCGGAAUAG